AUGUGGCAGCAGGAAGGUCAAAGCUCUGAUAAACUGAACCCUGAACAGCUCUACAAAGACACGGAUGAAACAUGCCCAUCCUUCACCAGACUGAGCUUCCACAGUGCAGUGGUUGGUACAGGAUUAAAUGUGAGACUGAUGCUCUACACACAGAGAAAUCAGAUCUGUGCACAACUCAUCAACUCCACAGCUCUGGGGAGCUUAAAUGUGACUAAGAAAACCACCUUCAUUAUCCAUGGCUUCCGGCCAACAGGCUCCCCUCCAGUUUGGAUGGAAGAGUUGGUACAGAGUUUGCUCAAUGUACAAGAGAUGAACGUGGUGGUUGUUGAUUGGAAUCGAGGAGCGACAACUGUGAUAUACACCCACGCCUCAGGCAAGACCAGAAAAGUAGCUUUUAUUUUGAAGGAAUUUAUCGACGAGAUGUUGGCCAAAGGAGCUUCUCUGGACAACAUUUAUAUGAUUGGAGUGAGUCUAGGAGCACACAUAUCUGGAUUUGUUGGAGAAAUGUAUGCUGGGAAGCUGGGGAGAAUCACAGGUCUUGACCCUGCGGGCCCUUUGUUCAAUGGGAGACCUGCUGAGGACAGAUUAGAUCCCAGCGAUGCACAGUUCAUCGACGUCAUCCACUCCGACACAGACGCACUUGGCUACAAGGAACCGCUAGGACACAUAGACUUCUACCCGAAUGGAGGACUGGAUCAACCAGGCUGCCCAAAGACAAUAUUUGGAGGCAUGAAGUACUUCAAGUGUGACCACCAGAUGUCUGUGUUCCUGUACAUCGCAUCCCUGCAAAAUAACUGUUCCAUCAGUGCCUACCCCUGCGACUCCUAUCGGGAUUAUAGGAAUGGCAAGUGUGUCAGCUGUGGUGUUGGACAAACAGUGCCCUGUCCCCUCCUGGGCUACUAUGCCGACAAUUGGAAAGACUAUUUACUGGACAAAGACCCUCCGAUGACGAAGGCAUUCUUCGACACAGCUGAGGAAAAACCGUUCUGCAUGUACCAUUACUUUGUGGACAUUGUAUCUUGGAACAAAAACAUAAGAAGAGGGUUCAUCACAAUCAAACUGAGAGGCGAAGAUGGAAAUGUCACAGAAUCCAAAAUUGAUCACGAACCAUCAACAUUUCAGAAAUACCAUCAAGUGAGUCUACUUGCAAGAUUUAAUCAAGACCUGGAUAAAGUGGCAGAAAUUUCCUUGUUGUUCUCCACAGGGUCUGUAGUAGGUCCAAAGUACAAGCUCAGGGUCCUGCGAAUGAAGCUGAGGUCCCUGACCCAUCCAGACAGGCCUCACUUGUGUCGCUAUGAUCUUGUCCUUAUGGAAAAUGUUGAGACGUUCUUCCGACCUAUUCUGUGCUCCAAGUAGCUCCUGUCAGGACACAUGGACAGCGGUGACAUCAGGAUCUCUACAACCACAGGCCCUUCAUGCCUCACUCUACUUCAUCCUGAAGGCUCCAAAAGCACAGAAAAAAAAAAAAAAAACCAAGGUUAUUUUCAGCAGUAUCCCACGGAUGUCACAUCACAAAAUGUCAAACGACCUGUGGUUAUGAAACAGCACCGGGAGGGGAGCCCCUAACUAGGGCAAGACAGAAAUAGCUGGGCUCCCAGCAGCAGAGUGCUUCGUCAGCCACGUCCUGGGGCCUCACUUGUUCCGAACUGUCAACUCUGCUGCCUGUCACAUCACACCCUCAGGGCCAUGGGUCAGGCAUCUUGGGAGUGAAAGCUAGAGGCCUCGCUGGGUGAUCCUCCACCAUCCUGGCAUGAAGAGGAGAACAAAUCGGACUACCUCAUGGGAAGUGUGGGUUGGGAAGGCCAGUCUGGGAAGGGUUUGUGAAAACCCUUGAGUCCAUAAUGUGAAUAUGCUUUUAUUUUGAUAUGGCUUAGCUCUCAUGUAUAGAUACGCAACCUCUCCUUUUCAACACCAACUUCCCUACUGGCUUUGGGGUGGCAAGGAGGCUCUGGCUUCCAGCCUUUUCUGAAAUGAUGUUGAUGGCCAGAGAUAGUGGGAUGGGCUCAGGCCCUGAGUUCUGUACUGAGACCAGGGACUAAGUGGAAGGAAGGAGGAGGAGAAACAGGAGCAGCAUUGCUCAUGGACCGGGCAGAGAGAGAGUCUGGAGAGAAUCGGGCUUGCUUUCACUGAAGUGCCAAAGUGUCGGUUACAGGAUGGUUUUUCUGUUCUGGGACUGAGCGUGCUGGGUGCUGUGAGCCCUCUUCUCAGCUCCAGACAACAUUAUUUAAAGCAAUCCUUAAGAAUGUUUUUUUUCCUGCCUACUCAUUAAUCCAUAAUUAUGAUAGGAAAUUCUUUAAGGUGCAGAGAUGGAAAAUAAAAAUAAACUGUGCACAAUCCCACCAAUGCUAACCUUUUAACACGACGCUCUAACUCAUGGGGCUAAUGCGAAUGUGAAGCGUAGCCCAGUUCUUGGUGCAUGAAACCUUCGGGAAGACUUCCGAAGCCUCCCUGGAGGCAGAAGUGACUUCUGAGUAUUUCUAAAUGACAGCUGCAGCCAAGUUAAGAGGUCCCAGAGGGCCAGGGACAGAGCAGGUAAAUGACAGUCAGACAGAGGGUCCAGACGCCUGAUGCGAAGGUGGCUACUACACACCCCACAGCCGUGACUGUGGUGGUAUUGUGUUCCCCAAAAUAUUGUGCACCCUAAUAAACUUACCUGUGGUCAGAGAACAGGACAGCCACAAUAUUAAACAUAGAGGAUAGGCAGUGGUAGCACACGCCUUUAAUCCUAGCAUUCCAGAGGCAGAAAUCCAUCUGUUCAAGGAUACAGCCAAGCAUGGUGACUCACGCCUUUAAUCCCAAGGAGUGAUGGUAGAAGGCAGAAAGGUAUAUAAGGCGUGAGGACCAGAAACUAGAAGCAUUUGGCCUGGUUAAGCAUUUGGCUGGUUAAGCUUUUAGGCUUUGGAGCAGCACAGUUCAGCUGAGAGGCAUUCAGUCUGAGGAAACAAGACCAGCUGAGGAUCCGGCGAGGUGAGGUAGCUGUGGCUCGUUCUGGUUCUCGGAUCUUCCAGCUUCACCCCAAUACCUGGCUCAGGUUUGAUUUUAUUAAUAAGAACUUUUAAGAUUCCUGCUACACGUGACCACUUCGGAAAGGUGUCACAGGCCCAGGAUAUGUCUCUUCAUCAAACCGUCCCGGCUGUUGUAAAGAAAUGGACACCGUGAGCAAAUGGGUCAAAAUCUACAUGGUUUUAGUUUCCUUUCCUGUUGCUAUGAUAAAAUACCCUGACAGAAACAGCAUGAGGGAGAAAGGGGUUGUUUUCGCACACAAUCCAAGGGUACAGCCCACUGCGGCUGGCACGUCAAGGUAGAAGAGCUUGGAGAGAGCUGGUCAUCACAGCCACAACCAGGAAACAGGGUGAUGAAUGCAGGCUUGCCGGUAUUCUCCAUUUCUUGACACAUUUAAGGAAUGAUUACAUUUUAUUAGUUUGCAUUGUGUGUGUAUGUACAUGUGCACACACAUAUACAUGUAGAGGGCAGAAGACAACUUGUGGGAGUGAGUUCUCUCCUUCCAAUGUGUGGGUCCCAGGAAUCUGGUCAUCAGGCUUAGAGGCAAGCACAUUCACCAGCCAAGCCAUCUCCCUGGACCAGUUUCUCAGCUCUUACACAGUCCAGAUCUCCUGCUAGGGAAUGGUACCACCUACAGUGGGCAGGUCUCUCCAUCUCAAUAAAUGUAAUCAAGAUAAUUCCCCAAAGACAUGCCCAGAGCUGCUGCAUUACCUGGG